CGGACCUUUACCACCAAGGCAUUGUCACACGCCACUGUCAGAACAUUUGCCAUGGAAAAUCAGUAUCCAGCAAGACGCUUUGCGCCCCUGAGCAAAGGCAAGGGUCAUGACGUCGUUGACGGCAGCAUGGUAUUGAAGGGAAUUGUCUUUGAUGUCGAUGGGACACUUUGCGAGUGAGUUCUCACCCACUACUUUUGAAACCGGUUUGAAAGAGGCUAGUCAUGAGGAAAUGAUGGAAUUCAAUACUCAACCAUAGCGAGCCUUGCUGACGAGAACGCUGGCCGCAAAAUUAUAUGUUCGGCGAAAUGCGCCGCGCGCUGUCUAUAGAGAAGGGGGAGGACAUCCUAGACCAUGUGUAUAGUCUCCCUGAGGCCGAGCAGAAAGAAGCGCACAAGAAAAUUGAAGAUAUUGAGAGCGAUGCCAUGAGAAAGCAAAUCCCUCAAGCUGGACUGGUAACGCUCAUGGAACACCUGGAUGCAAAUGACAUCAAGAAGGGAAUCUGCACGAGAAACUUCAACACUCCGGUCGAGCAUCUCUUGACCAAUCAUCUGCCUGGUCACAUCAAUACCUUUGCUCCCAUCGUCACCAGAGACUUCCGCCCACCCAAGCCAUCCCCCGCCGGAAUCCUGCACAUUGCAAAACAGUGGGGUAUCAUCAGCGAGUCAGACGUAGCAGAGAAUGGUCGUCCUGUUGCCAAAAGACCUCUUCCAUUGAUUAUGGUUGGUGACAGUAUUGACGACAUUAUUGCUGGACAUGAUGCCGGAGCCGCUACCGUGUUGCUCAGGAGCGAAGGUAAAGAAGAUCUCGAAAAAGAUCCCAGAACCGACCUGGUCAUCAGCAGAUUGGACGAGCUCAUCGAUGUGCUUGAGAAGGGCUUUGAAAGCAGACAACGAUAAUCAUGUUAUACGUGUUUUCACGAGCUGAUGACACUGCAGACUGAUUGAAGGCAUCGAAAUUUUGAUCAGAGACGGUCGUGGAGACCUGAUACAUAAAGAUAUACAUACUAAGCUAUACACAUAUCGCUCAGAGC